AUACCGGCUUUUAAUAAAAGAUAUCUAAAGGACGUGUUUGCGAUGUCUUUUGGAUUUUUAUGCUAUCUGGGUAGCUUCACAGCUGCGCGCCGCGCAUGCGCGAAAAAAAGCGGCCCGAAUAGUAACACUGGUGUCGACACAAGUCAUGGAAAGCACCCCGUGUAUACUGUGGUUUCACCUUGUAUAUUUCCACUAUGAUCAUGUUGAUACAAAUGCUUAUCAAAUUCUAAUGUAUUGCAAAUAAACGCUGUACACUUCACACCGAAUUUACUCUUGUGUUUGGUAAACUCGUUUACAGUCGAUCAAUCGAUUAAACAAGUAAUGAGAUUGCUAAAAGAGUGACUAGGAUUUCUCGACUUGAACAAGUAUGGCUCAUCGAGUUCUCAGUCGAUAUCCCAGAACGAUGGUACAUCGUUCGCAGAAAGUGGUGCAAAGGUUCGAGUACCUGCUCGUGAUGGACUUUGAGGCUACGUGCGACAAAAACGCAGUGCUCAAACCGCAGGAGAUCAUAGAACUACCGUGCGCAGCGGUGUCCACAUACGACUGGGAGUUGAAGGACACGUUUCACACAUAUGUCAGACCGAGGAUUCACCCCGUGCUCACACCGUUUUGUACGGAUUUGACGGGGAUCAUGCAGGAGACUGUGGACAAUCAGCCUUGUUUCGCAGAUGUAUUCACGGCGUUCCGGAAGUGGCUGACGAAGGGAGGAUACUUUGACAGGCCUGACAAGAGCUCGUUCGUGACAUGCGGCAGUUGGGACCUGAAGAUCAUGCUACCAGCCCAGUGUGAUUUAGAUGGCAUCACGUUAUCGGAUGAAUUCAAACAGUGGAUAGACUUGAAGCAUACAUUCUGCGAAUCUACCGACUAUUUCCCACGGAGCUUGAAAGAUAUGCUCGCACGAUUGAACCUUCCACUGCAAGGACGUCUACACUCGGGCAUCGACGAUGUGAAGAAUAUGGUUUCCAUAAUACAAGCUUUGAGAAAUACGUAUAAUACACAAUUUAAAAUUACUUCAUCGUUAAUGACUUCCACAUUAAAUUUGGGCACCAAGCAGGCCAGGGAACAUGAAAGAAAGAACACGUGAGAAUUAAUUAAAAAAUUGUUUUGCAUUAAGUAAAAA